UGUUAGGUCACAGCGUAGAAAAGUGAAAAAAACGAGGUUACUGUGUAAAAAAACCCUUAAUUAAUUAAUCCUUUUAACCAACUAUCUCUCACUCUAGCCGUUUGGUUCGCAGUAAUAACCAAAGGGAAUGGGAAUCCAUGGAAAUCAUUCCCUUUGUUGUUGUUUUUCUUUCCAUUUCUAUCAUUCCCUUUCCCCUUUGAUUACCUAAAAACCCUCUACUCCCUUUCCCCACCCCCCUAGCCUUUCCCAUUCCCCUUCCCCAACAACCACCAUACCCACAUUAGCCACCUUCACCCACUUCUCGCCGGAACGUCGCCGCCCCUCACCAAAAUGUCGCCGCCAUCGCCCUCCCAUCGCCGAUAUGCAUGCACCAGUGAUGUUCUCCGAUUGCUUCUGACAAUGUACGUCCACCAACGACGAUCUCCGACCAUCUUUCGUCAUGUUCUUGUUCCUUUUUCUUCGUGUUUUAUACCUUAAUCAAGUUUUUUUUUUUUCCUUUUUUUCAUGAAUUGUUGAGGAAACUACACUUUAUUCCUAUUUUUGUUGAAUUAUGGUGUGUAAUUGAUACUAGUGCUGUCGUUUGUCAAGGGUUUGAUUUUUUUUUUUUUUAAUUUUUUUAAUUUUUUUUUGGCAAUGACGAACAGUGGUUCCAUGAAUUUACCUUUUUUAUUUUUAUUUUUUUUUCUUUAAUGUUGGAUGAUCUCUUGUUUAAAUAUACCAAUCUUCAAUUUUUUCAUGAAUUAUACGUUUUUUUUCAUGGAAUUUACCUUUUUUUUUUUUUUUUUUUUUUUAAUAUUGGAUGAUUUCUGGUUUAAUAUACCAAUCUUCAAAUUGUUUUCAUGAAUUAUCAUACUCCUUUCAUGAAGAUAAGGUAAAUUCAUAAAACAAGUUUAUCAUAUAAUAACAGGUUACUAUUGGAAAAAAAUUAAAAAAAUUUAAAAACUCAUAAUUUGACUCAUGGCUUGAACCAAACAGUCACAAAAAAAAUCAAUGAGCAGUUCAUUCCGUUUCUUGGACACAACCAAACAACCUGGCUAAAUCAGGGUCAAUCCAUUCCUUUCUCCUUCAUUCCCUUUGUUCAUUUCAUUCCGAUUCCCCUGGGCGAACCAAACGACCCCUUAAUCCUUUUAUCCAUGUGGGGGUGGGGGGAAAGAAACUAGAGCUGAUCAAGUAUGGCCCGGCCCGAUUUUGGGCAGAAUUUUUCGGCCCGAAAUUAGGUUUGGCCCAUUUCUCAAGUCGGGCCGGGCCAAGCUUCCGGCCGGAUUUUUUGUGCUCAAACCCGCCUAAAAUGGUCGGGCCGUGCGAGAUUUUCAGACCGGGCCUAAAAAAUCAACUAAAUAUACAUAAAAACGCAUUCCUAAACCCGUUCAAAAAAAAAAAAAUGCUCCGAUCCGGCCUGUAAUGAUCACCUCUAAUAGAAACGUAACAUUUUCCCAAUUAACAAAGUAAUAGUCAUAAAAAUUGCCUUGAAUUGAGAUUUGAGAGUUGAGAUUGGCUCGUCCGACCAAUUCUCGGCGGGGACUAGUGCACUACUCCGUAGUAAACUAAUAAUCCCACCUGAGCACCCACACUACAACUCAUUCUCUCGCGCCCAAACAGCCAACCGCCCGCACUCAGCAGCGCACCACCCAACCAACGAUUGCUCGACACUUCUCUCUGGUUGAUCUUCUUGCACUUUUCGAAACAAUUUCUGUUCAAGAAUUCGAUGAUUUGAAACAAACAAUUGAGUAAUUCAACAGCCAAUUUCUUCAAUGGCGUUGAAAGCAAAAGGAAAACAGCUUUCUUUUGAGAUCCUUUCUUCCAAUUUUCCAGUCUACUCCGAUGAUACCAUUAUCGAUCGUUCAUACUCCGAUCCUUUGCCUCAAAACAACAAGUCCAAUCGCCGAAGGCGGAAGCGAAAGCGGAAGAAAUCCACCCCUAAUUCACCAUCACCAUUUGAAUUCAACACCAUCUUUGAAAAUGGUGGUGAUGGUGGUGUUGCCGUAUUGGAGGAGGAGCCGUCGAUGACUUCACACAGUUAUUCGGCGCCGAGUUUCGUGGUUUGUGAGAUGAGAGAAGAGAGUUUGAGUACGGUUUGCCAGGUUUCGCAGGGGGAAUUACGGCAGAGAAGUUUCAGUAGUGGCGGAAGUGGUGGCGGAGAUUCAAUUCCGGUAGUAGAGGUAUCGGAAGCCGAGGCGAAUUCAAAUUCGAGACCUAAUCUUGUUAAUGGGAAGUUGGAUACUGCAGAGUCUUUGGAUUGGAGCCGAUUUAUGGCAGAAGAAGAUCCUAAUUAUCCUUUUCCUGUGGAAAAUUCACCAAUAAAAUUCUUCAUGGAAGAAAUGCACAAUGGAAAUUCUAUUAGAAGCACAACGACACGAGGAACUGAGAAAGAAAGAGAGAGAGUUUAUGACACUAUCUUCCGCUUGCCAUGGAGGUGUGAACUGCUUAUUGACGUGGGCUUCUUCGUCUGUUUGAAUUCGUUUUUGUCGUUGCUGACUAUAAUACCUAUGAGAGCUCUGGCAACCCUAUGGAGGUUACUUAGUAAAAGGCAGCCCAAAACACCUUCUGCUGCAGAGCUGUCAGAUUUUGGUUGUCUCUUUGUUCUAGCUGUUGGAGUUACGCUUUUGGGGAGGACAGAUAUAAGCCUCAUAUACCAUAUGAUUCGUGGUCAAGGAAUUAUCAAGCUUUAUGUUGUCUAUAAUGUUUUAGAGAUAUUUGAUAAACUAUGGCAAAGUUUUGGAGGUGAUGUGUUUCAGACAUUAUUCAAUACUGCUGAGGGGUUUGCAUGUUCUUCACCAGAGUUAUCAAGAUAUUGGCUGGAAAGAUAUACCAUUGAUUUAUUGUUGGCUGCAGCUGCUUCAAUUGUUCAUUCUUUUAUAUUAUUAGCUCAGGCAAUAACCUUGUCAACCUGUAUAGUGGCUCAUAAUAAUGCUUUACUUGCUCUUCUAGUCUCAAAUAAUUUUGCAGAGAUCAAAAGCAAUGUGUUCAAGAGAUUCAGUAAAGAUAAUGUUCAUAGCAUUGUAUACUCUGAUUCAAUUGAGAGGUUCCAUAUCACAGCAUUUGUCAUAUUUGUUUUGGCACAAAAUAUUCAGGAAGCUGAGGGUCCAUGGUUCGGAAAUUUCUUUUCAAAUGCUCUCUUGGUUUAUUUCUCCGAAAUGGCAGUUGAUGUCAUUAAGCAUUCAUUUAUUGCCAAAUUUAAUGACAUAAAACCCAUUGUGUACUCUGAGUUUCUUGAAGAUCUCUGCAAACAGACUCUGAACAUUCAGACUGAUGGUGAAAAAAAGACACUCACUUUCGUUCCUGUGGCCCCAGCUUGUGUAGUCAUCAGGGUGCUCACCCCUGUAUAUGCUGCUCGUCUUCCCUGCAGUCCUCUGGCUUGGAGACUUUUCUGGAUGUUAUGUUUGACAAUGUUGACCUAUGUGAUGCUUGUGAGCCUGAAGGUGAUGAUAGGGAUGGGGCUUCAAAAGCAUGCAGCUUGGUACAUCAAAAGGUGCCAGAAGAGGAAACUUCACUCUGACUAAAUGACAUUGUUAUGAGGAAGGACUGAUUGCUGAUGAUGGGAAGUGGAGGGUUACCAAGGUAAAUGUCUUACCUUUUUGGUAUGGGGAUCAACACAAGUUGAGGGGCGGAAUCUUGCAGAAUGAGUUAUACUCUGAUUUAGAUAAUGUGUGAACCAUGAUGAACAAAUGCCUGAGUUGAUGGUAUUGCCUUAAAACCAUCAUAGUUCAGCCACUGCAAUCGCCUCAAACAGCAAUGUGUAUAUAGUGGCAAGCAGACAUAAGUUGAUCAUUCAUUGCUACUCUUGUUUGGUGUGAAGGAUAGAAAUCCACAAGGCCAAUUGGUUGAACACGGUGAUAGGGCAAAUGGUUGUGCUUUGUUCUUCGGAGGAUGCACUAUUGUAAACCAAUUUGGGGUUCUUUACAUAAAAUUAAGAUUUUCAGCUUGUGUAUGGAAAUGGGAGAGAAAAUGGGGGUUCAAUGUUUGGUUAGCAAGAGCUCGAUGCCUUAAUCGUUGUUUAUAUAAUGUAGAUGAGCACACAUUUAUUGGUUUUCAGUUAGCACAAGUAAUACAUACAUUUAUCUCACAGAAAUGUUUUCUUGAAAUACCUAGUUAGCUUCAAAAUAUUCAACAUAUCGAGGCAUUUCUAGCGGCUAACUGAUGUGCAUUUGAUAAAUGCCUAACGUGGCAUUUUCGUAAAUAUUGGCAAAUUGGGUUGUCAAAUCACAUCACUUCCAGUGCUACGUAGAUGUACCAAUGACACUUCCAAAUUCCAAUGGUACUUGAAUAAAUGAGUGGUAACUAUAAGUUUUUAGUGGUACAA